AACAAUGACAACAAAUGCAGCGAUCUGGGGAAAAUAGAUACACUCAAAUUUUCAGUCUUUUUAUUUUUUUUUUUACAGACAAAUUUUCAGUCUUUCUAACACCAGAAAAAAAUAAAAAAAAAAUGAGAAAAGAUCUUCCCUUUCAUUUUCCGAUCAAUCAUAUUUCAAAUUCCACAAAAAUAUUUUGGAACCAUACAAUAAGUUGGUGGUUUGCAUAACCCCAACUGAUCCUUCUUCUAUCAUCUCUCUAAAUAAUUGUCUAAGGUUAUUUUUCUGGGAUUUUCUUCUUUUUCUUUCAGGUUGCACUAUUAAUUUCACAGGCAAUCAUAUUUGCCUUAGAAAAGCUUGAAGAUAUAUAUCAUGGUUCAACCAUGCUGAUGGUGCAUGCUGGGGGAGCUAUUGGAAACUGCUUGAGUUACGUGGAUAGUAAUAUAUUUCAGGAAUUCGGCCUUCCUAAGACUGCAAAUGUCAUACCAUUGCUCAGUCCUCUAAACUGUCCUAGUCAAUCAAGUCUUUCCAAUACCGAAGGUCUGCGCAAAUGCUUUCUUUCCAGACAAGGGUAUGGACGAUUGAAAGGCUGCUCUCUCUCUCAGGACACUCUUCCCAAGAGGUGGCUGUGCCGGUCUUCAGAUCCAACUUCAUCAGAUGAUGAAUAUCGUUCAUCAACAAAUAUUGCUGUCAGCUUAUUUAGACGGUACAGAAAUGUGAUUGAUCGUGGUGGCAUUGAUAAUUUAAAGGAAUUCAUUGAAGCUGGGGUGAAUGCAUAUGCAUUAGGAUGCACUGAUGAAGGUUUGAGGAAAGAGCUGGCAAAUAUGAAGGAAUCUGGAGUUACAAUAGAAUCAAUGGAAAAUUAUGGAGGAAGUACCAGUCUGAAGUCUAAAAUAUUAUCUGAGGAAGUUGAUGAGUGUAUUCUUUGGUUGAGCAUUAUAUUCAUCACCAUCUUGUGUACACCACAACCAACAGUUGUUAGAUGGUCUGCUUCACCUCCAGUUUCUGAAGAUGUAUUACACCUGUGGAAAGGCUUUUGUGCAAUCAUUGCAAAUGCAUAUUAUAUGAGGGGAAUGGCUUGGCUUCCUGUCAAGACUCUUCAGUUAGAGCAGAUGGCAGUGGCGGGGCAUGCUGAGGAACCUUCUGUUGUUGCAAGUAGAAUGCGUUUGGUAUUCAGUACCCUUGAGGUGGUUAGUCCACAGUGGCCUCAGGCAUAACUCUACAUCAAUUUUGAAGGUUGAAGAUCUUAGUUAUCUGUUCAUAGUGGCAAAUUUGCAGUUGUAAAUCAUAUAUAUGUAUCAUGUUGCUCUAUAGUGUACGUUUCAAAGAAUCCUUCAUCGAUCUAUAUUAUUUAUUUUUUUUCUUUUUCAA